CAUAAGUCAAACAAGUCAGUCUAUCGUUCCGAUUGUAUCCUUCAAAUUUUUAAAGAAGGAUUGUUUAUUAGUUAUACUUUGCAUAUUUGAAACAAUUCUGUUAGCAGUGAAAUGACAUCUGCAGCACGUCCAACUUUCGAGCCAGCCCGGGGAGGACAGGGCAGAAAUGAGAAAGAUCUUAGUGCUAUUUCCCGACAGUACAGUAGUAGGGACUUACCAGGACAUACCAAACUCAAAUACAGAGAACAUGGACAAGGUACAGUUGACGAGACUCGAUCAAGAGAUUUCCGAAAAGAAUUAGAAGAAAGAGAGGGUAAAGUGGGAGGAAAUAGAUCCAGAUUUGACCAGAACAAGCGCUUGAAACUAGACCAAGUUCCUGCAGCAAGUUUGGAUGCAGAUGACCCACUUGGAGAAAAUUCUGAAUCUGAAGAAAGCGACGAUGAUACUGAAGCGUUACUAGAUGAAUUGAACCAGAUAAAGAAAGAAAGAGCAAUGGAAAUAGCUAAGAAAGAAAUCGAAAAACGACAAGAAGAAGAGAGGAUAAGAAUGGAGAAUAUUUUGAGUGGUAAUCCCCUGUUAAAUCAUUAUUCGGCUGGAAGUGCCAAAACAGACCAAAAAGUGAAGAGAAGAUGGGAUGACGAUGUAGUUUUCAAGAAUUGUGCAAAAAGUGAACCUAAGAAAAAAGCAAAUGUAUUUAUUAAUGAUUCUUUACGAUCGGAAUUUCACAAGAAGUUUAUGGAUAAAUAUGUCAAAUAAUCUUACGUGUUAUUUGUAUAGAAACAAGUUUGUGAUGGAAUUGAAGAACUCAUUUAAAGACAUAUUUGAUGUUUAUCAAUAUAUUCUUUUCUGUAUAGUUAA